GAGGGAAGGAGGGAAGGGAGGAAGGGAGGGAGGGAGGAUCGGAGGGGAAACUCCUCCAGGAUGAAGGCGCCCGUCAAAGAUGUGUGAGCAGGCUGCGCGCUAUUGCCGGGCGAGCCUCCACAAGCUGCUGCGCAAAGAGGAGCGGGCGCUGCCGGUCUCCCCGGGCCCGGACGGGCUGCUCCGCUGGAUCGUGGCCAAGAUGAGCGACAAGAGCCUCCUGCCCGAGAGGGAGCUGCCCGCCGACGAGGAAGAAGAGGAGGAGGAAGAGGACGGGGAAGAAGGGGGUCAAAGAAGCCGGCGGGGAGCCGCCUCGGCCGCCCACGCGGAGAUGCCCGAGCUGCGGAAAGGCGCCUCUGUCAUCUUGGAUAUCUUUCGACGAGCUGACAAAAAUGAUGACGGGAAGCUGUCCUUGGAGGAAUUCCAGGCCUUUUUUUCAGAUGGGACACUUAAUGAGGAAGAACUCGAGAAGCUUUUCCAUACCAUUGACUCAGACAACACCAGCAACGUGGAUACUAAAGAGCUGUGUGAUUAUUUUACUGACCAUAUGGGAGACUACGAAGAUGUCUUGGCUUCUCUGGAGACCCUUAACCUCUCCAUUUUGAAGGCCAUGGAUUACACCAAACGGGUGUACGAGAGGGGAACCAACGUGGACCAGUUUGUGACCCGCUUCCUGCUGAAGGAGACGGCCAGCCAGAUCCAGUCCUUGCUCAGCUCCGUGGAAAGUGCCGUCGAUGCGAUUGAUGAGCAAACUAGUCAGAUAAGGAACCUCCACAGCAAGUCUAGCCACAGCGCCGUGGACACGUGGUACGACAACCCUGUGCCUAAUUACCCUCCAAACAACAGAAUCAUGACCAAAGAACGCAGGAAAAGUUUCCAAACUGUGUCUUCAGACACCAAGGAGGAAGGCUUGGAAGCUCAGAUCAACCGGUUAGCAGAACUGAUCGGAAGGCUGGAAAAUAAGACUCUUUGGUUCGAUCUGCAUCAGCGACUGUCGGACAGCGAAAACACAGCCUGCGCGUAUCUACUUUUGGUACGAAAUGAGAUGACUGUUUCCCAGAAGCAUUUGGGCGAGUUCUGCGGCUCCCUUAAACAGUACUUGAAGAACGUGGCAGGAGAACAAGACUGCUUCCACGUAACUGCAGUGCGGCUCCCCGACGGUGCCACCUUCAUUGUGUAUGAGUUUUGGGAGACCGAGGCGGACUGGAAAAGUCACCUACAGAGUCCUGCCUGUAAAACCUUCCAGCAUGUGAAGGUGGACACACUGACUCAGCCAGAAGCGGUUUCCAGCGUGUUUGUGCCAGCUGCCUGGUGUACCCUCAACCGAGAGUGACGAGAGGAGACGGAAAAACCAGAGAAAGGACGGCGCCUCUCCUUUCUUGCCAGGCAAAACGUCGCUCUUUUGCAGAGAACGAAACUCCCCGUCUUUUCUAACAACUUUGUUACAGUUGCUGUAUCCCCCUCUUUCCUAUUCCCCCCCCCCCCCCCUAACUUUUUCCUGUGCAUUUCCACUCGGAAAUGUUCCUAGUUGCUUGCUAGUUGAAAUCAAGGAAAAUAACCCAAAAGGAAGUCUUCUGGGGGUCAUGUCAAGUGCAAACGUGUGACAUGGCCCCAGGCAAACACAGCAAACAGUAACAUAGCAUGAAUCCCCAUUCAUAUUCUGAUCAAUUAAGCAGUGUGUAAAGGAGAGAUCUUACUGUAGUUGUUUUUCUAAAUCAGGAUACCAAGACCACUGGAUGGUAAAAAGAAAAAACGCUGUUGAGUCUCAGCAUGUGUUGUCGGGCAAUAGUUACCCUGCAAGUGCUGUUUAUGCCAUUCCAAAAAUAUUGUUAAAUGUUGUUUCACGAA